AAAAAUCGUUACGAUUAUUAGUUUUGCUAAAUGGAACGCUUCAUGGAAGAUGCGCUGCAGCAGGCACGCAUCGCGAACGACCUCCAAGAGGUCCCCGUGGGCUGUGUGUUUGUGCGUGGUGAUAACAGCAAAGGUGAAAUUAUUGCGCGCGGAUGUAACCUCGUAAAUGAAACGAAAAAUGCCACACGCCACGUCGAAUUUAUCUGCAUCGAUCAAGCGCUCGAUUAUGCGCGCCAGAACAAUAUUAUCCCACCGGAAGCAAUCUUCAGCACGGUGACUGUGGUCGUGACCGUUGAACCAUGCAUUAUGUGUGCCGCAGCACUGAUCGAGUUGGGUGUGAAGGAGAUCAUCUACGGAUGCCGGAACGAUCGUUUCGGCGGAUGUACCGUGCUGGAUGUGGCCAGUUUGCUUCGCUCCAACAUUCCCAUUCGUGGUGGGGUACGAGAUACCGAAGCGAUGGAGUUGCUGAAAGAAUUUUACAAAGGAGAAAAUCCAUCCGCACCGACACCAAAGCCACGGCAGGCUAAGAAAUGAAGACACAAAACCCUGAAAUUGAAUCAAAGCGUUACUAUUUGUUUUAAGUUUUUGUACACUACCAUUGUGAGAAAAGUAAUCUUUCCGUUAGUUACGAAGAACUAUAACACUAUAAGCAUUCAAUGGAAGAUAAAGAAAUAAACUUUCAAAUUGAAUGAAAUGCUUCCAAAUGUUCAUUUUUACUUUAUUCCUCCCUCCAACGGUUCAUAGUAACAACAGAAACUUACUGCACUAAAACAAACUACUAGGUACUCUCUCCCUAACUGGCCAACCCGACCCGCCACACACACACACACACUAACUCCGGGGCGAGUUGGAAAAGAACUGACUGGCUGACCAGUUCGGUCGUCUUACAAGCCACAAUAGCAAAAUGCAGGAUAAUGUACACUCUGCCGGCCGGGGCAGUUCUACACCUUACAUCGUCGGGUCACUAUUAUAUCACUAGCAGUGUGUGUGUGUGUGUGUCUGUGUGUGAUUUUAAUAAUCAUCUUAACCAUUAUUACAUGCUUACAAAUAUACACAUCCAUUUCGAGUUCGGAGCUCUUCGAAUAGAUAAGCGUCAGUUUCCAACUACUUAAUCCUCCAUCUGCUGGGAUAUUAGAACCGUUUUCGGUUUGAUGGUGGAUGCACGGUCGAUCGUCUUGUUCCCUCAAUCGUUUCUCUCAAAAGCGGUCAAUAACGCUCUUGUUCGCAUUGUAUAAUCGUUUAUAAUUAGUAACGCAUUACAUAUAUAUUAUCCCGCUCGUUUAGUUUCACUCGGCAGAUAAAUACUUAUAAUCGUUACGCCGCCGAUGCUUGCAGCAGCAGUGGUUGAGUUGACCCACGCGUCCAUAACAGUAUGGUGGACAUCAUCACAUCACAAAUAUGCUCCGGAUACCCGGAUGUCCGCAUUACACGGUUAGCCAUUCUAGUGUCACCCUUGUAACAAGUUCAAAAGUCUCUUCUCCGUCUAAGCGCAUCGUUGCAGUCCGCCGUCCGCAUCAUACAAAUGGAUGCGUUGCGUUCCAAAAAGAAAAAGCGAUUGUUCCACACACACACAUAUACCCAUUGGAGUGGUAAUAUAUAACAGCAUAUACUACAUCUCAUCAUUAUUUGUGGCGUGUUUUUAACCCGUUCGUCGUAAUCUUAGUUUUUAUUAUCGAAUCACAUUGAUCACCCAUUCUCAUUCACCCCAUUGAUCACCCCAUUGCUCAUCUCGUCUCGGCAAACUGGCACUCGCUUCUACUAGGUUGAUUAAUCAACAAGUGUAGCUGUAACACCACUUUAUAGUUUGACCGGGUUCUGUCGUUCAAAUUUUGCUUUCCCAUUUGGUUUGUUUGAUUCACAAUAUAAUCAAACUAACAGUUCGCCCGCCCACUGGCUACUUUUUCCGCUAGGUUAGAGAAAAAAGAGAAAUCACAUAUCAUUUGCAUUGUGUCGCAUUGGUUUUUUGUUUUUUUUUAAUAUUAUUAUAGUUGUACAAUGUAAAUUAUCCGCUACGUAUAUAUGGUUUUACAGUACUUGUAUAAUAUAUCUCCCGCCCGUGUGGUGCCGUGUGCCGUGUUUUUUUUUUCAGCUCUGUCCUCUGUCCUAUUGGGGUGUUUCGAUUACAAAACAAUCGAUUUCCAGAGUCCGAAUAAACACACACACACACAAUCAAUUGCAUACUUUUUGCUGGUUUUACGAUAAAAAAGAUUUUUCCAUUUUUUUUGUUGUAAUUUUCUUACUUUGUUUAAAUUUUUCCAUUUUAACUUGUUUGAAUCCACCGUUCGGGGGAAAGAAUGCCCCUCCCCCCCCCCCCCCCCCCCUACGUUCCUUCCAUCCACGAAUGCGAUCUGGAUCGCAAUUCCGCCCCGAUCUAAUAAUAAUGCCCACUUUUAGUUUGAUUCUGAUGCCGUCGCCGCGUAUUAGCUUUAGUUAAACAAAAAAAA